AUGUCAAGCCAACCUUAUCGAUUUCUACCACAGAUACCAUACUUCAAACCUGGUAUAGCAUCCCCUGCUCCAGUAAUGUCUUCCCAACGUUUUUGUCUUCGAUGGAACAACCAUCAAUCCAAUUUACUUUCAGUAUUUGAUCAAUUACUACAUGAUGAAAGUUUUGUAGACGUAACUCUUGCUGUUGAAGGACAGUUGCUCAAAGCCCAUAAAAUGGUAUUAUCAGCAUGCAGUCCAUACUUUCAAGCCCUGUUUAUGAAUCAUCCUGACAAACAUCCUAUUGUGAUAUUAAAAGAUGUCCCUUAUAAUGAUAUGAAGUGUUUACUUGACUUCAUGUAUAGGGGUGAAGUAAGUGUUGACCAAGAUAGACUUACAGCGUUUUUACGAGUAGCCGAAAGUCUUAAAAUAAAAGGGUUAACUGAAGUAAAUGAAGAAAAAUGUGAUAGUAUAGCUUCCUCUCUCACCCAACAAAAUUUACACAAUUUGCCAAAUUUACAAAGAUUGCAACAAACCAAAAGGUUUGGAAAUAGUUUAAAUAUGUUAAGCAAUGCGUUACUACAACCUAAAAGGAAAAGAGGCAGGCCUCGGAAACUUUCUGGAUGUUCAAAUGGACCAGAUGAUUAUGACAAGGACAUUGUUCAAGGUAGUCCGGAGAUGUUAGAAGUUAAGAUGGGAAUGGAUAAUUUUACAGGCAAUAAUUCUGACGCGAGUGUGAAAAAUGAAGCUGAAGCAGACGAUGACAAGGUAAAAGACGAAACGGAUCCAGUGCCUGGAUCAUCAAAUGACCAGACAACAAAAUAUAAUCAUCAAGAUCACGAAGACUUUCAUCCUUCAGGUGUCUGUGCUUCAGAUACAAUAUCUAAGGUGCGUAAUUUAUUGCACAAUGCCCAACCACAAGCACAUGUGGUAGACUUAAUGCUUCUUUAUAGUAAAUGGUCCUACAUUGUUAUAAACAUGAAUCUGAUGUCUAAACUUCAAGGAACUUGUCAUACAAGUGUGAAAGAAACAACUACCUCUAUUAGUACUAACAGUAAUGCAUAUAUAAAUUCAACUGUACAAGACAUAUCGUAUCAAGAUUCGUUGCAUUCAGAUGAUCUCGAAAUAGAAGAAGAUACUGAAAAUGAUAUACAGACAAGUUGUGAAAAUGCAGAUGAAACAUCAGACAAAGCUGUAGCAAUAGAUAAUUGUACAAGUAGUAGUGGCACUCCAAAGAAACAUAGGAAUAAGGGUAUUAUUGACUUAGACGAUUUUGCUCAAUAUCAGAUAGUUUUAGAUGAUCCUACUAACUACAACAAAAAUUACCUUUUUAAUUCUGCAAAGAAAUCUAAAGAUCAUGAAAAAUCAGCUCGGGAUUUCUGUGUUAGAGAAAAAGAUAACCUCUACAGAUGCACAGUUUGCGACAGAAAUUAUACCCACAUUAAAUUGCUGUCCCAAAAAUUACUGAUACCGAAAACAGAGUUGGCAGAUAAUGCAGAAAGUUCAAAUUCAGAACAAUCAAAUCAGCGCCCAGCAACUCCUGCGUCCUCCCGUAUUAGCACUCCAGACAAUAUUAUAAAUAAUAACAAUAUCAUGACACCUUCAACUAGUGCAGUAACACCGAUACCAAAUAUGUCGAAUCUACCACAGAAUUUCCCGAACGCCAUGAGCGCACCUUCAACAGGUAGACAACCGACAAAGCGCAGAGUCAGGCGUAGAGCGACAUCUCAGAGCCAAGAUCCCGCAGAAGCACUUACGGAAAUGUCGGUAAGAGGAUUGAAUUUGUUCAGAUACGCUUCAAUAAACGAAGGAGUGUAUCAAUGCACAGAGUGUGCAAAAGUCGAUGUUCAAAAAACGUUUAAGAAUAAGUACAGUUUUCAACGACAUGCUUUCUUAUAUCAUGAAGGACACCAAAGAAAAGUGUUUCCAUGUCCCGUAUGCCAGAAAGAAUUCUCGAGGCCUGAUAAAAUGAAGAAUCACAUGAAAACAGUCCACGACUGCUUCAUGCCCAAAGAUGUAGUUUUUCCCCCCAUGGGCUUUUUUCCCGCCUUGUAA